AUGCCUGGACAUAGAGAAUACGAGAUUAAAACUAUCUUUAACCUGAAUCCUUGUGAGACCAAUAUGUCUUAAAUACUUGAGACUCACAUAGUUAAGAAGAGAUACUCUGACUUUGAGUAAUUAUAUGAAUUAUUGGUCAAUAAUUAUUUGGAAUGCCUGCUGCCACCCUUACCAGAAAAGUCUAUACAGAAUUUCACCUCAGAUGAAGAUUCAGAUUUCGUGAGGAUACGCCAAAGAGAGUUAGAAUACUUCUUAAAUCGCCUAAAUAAUCACAAAAAACUAAGUUAUGUUCAAGAAUUUAGAGAUUUUUUAAGAGAGAUAACCACUCCUUCAGGCAAUUAGUAAAAGCAAUCUCCGAAUUCGUUGCUCAAUAUGAAGAAAUUUUUGCAGCCUCAACUAGUCAAAGACAGCUUGUAUAGUUUCUAAAAAAAUUCUUAUGUAAAAUAUGGAUAUAGCUUGCUAUAAUGGGGCUAACAAGGUCCAGAUUACAAUUAACUGUAGAAAGCUGUGAAUGAUGAUUUAGAAAGAGAGUAUCAAUCAGAAUUAGUUAGUCAUGUUUAAUUGCUAUUGACAAGAUUAGACAAUCUUGUCCACAAUCUAACCAAGCAAUCACUAGUCUUCAUGAAGUAAUCAGUUGCUCUGAAAAAUGUGGCAGAUAUGUAUGAAAAAUUUGAAAUACAAAGGGAAAAAUGCUAUGACUUAGAUAUGGACUAGAGUCAUUCAAGCACCUACCAAGAGAGUCUAACCAAACUGGCUAAAAAUUCAUCAGAUACACAUCAAUUUUAUUAAGAUCGUGUCCUUGCUGAUUUAAAGUUUUUCCACAGAUUUAUUAAGGCUAUUGAUCGCUAAAUCUGGAAACGAGAAGAGCUUAUUGAUGCCUUUAAUAGAAUAUAGGAGAAGAGAUAAAGCAAUCUUUGGAGUAAAUAAAAUGAAUAAAAUUUAGUUGAAAUGAAGCGAAAGAUCUAAAAGGUUACAAAGAGACAGCUUGAGGAAUACACAGUGAUUCAUUAGGAAAUAAUCAGAAGCAUCAGUGUUUCAGUGAAAAUGCUUGGAAGCAAUCACGCCAUAUAUUAUACAUCAGAGGUAGAAAUGGAUGCAUCUUUGUGCAGCAGUGAUGAGGAAGAUUACUCUUCAGUCAGAUCAAAAUUAGAUAGUUUUAAUAAGCCAAUUUAAGAUGAUUCUAGAGUAGAUGAAGAUAUAAUUUAUUAGCCUUAGAAUACACCCUAAGGAAUGAUAGUGAGUUUAAUUUACAUAUCUGACACGAAAUGGAAAACUGAUAAGCAAAUAGCAGGUGGACACAGAGAGUACGAAAUUAAUUGCAAUAUAAAGGGUUCCAUUAUAUAAAGUUCUGUGAGUUAAGAUAAUAAUGACCAAACGGAUGAAAAGAGACAUAGCGUAUAAAGAAGGUUUAAAGAUUUCAGAUAAUUUUAAAGGUUAUUACGCACAAAUUACUUGGACUUUAUUGUACCCCCAUUGCCUAAGAAAUCCAUUAGAGACAAAGUUUCUCAAGAUGAGUCACUUUUUGUUACAAAGAGAAGAUAAACACUUCUUUUAUUCCUUAAUCGAGUAGCUGAUCAUCCUAUCCUAGGCUAAACAGAAGAAUUCGUAGAAUUUUUAACUGAUCAAAAAUACUAUCAUCAAAUAUAAGACGAGUCUGGACUUACGAGUCGCCUAAAAAGCUUUUGGAAUAACACUCCGAAACUCUAAAGCAUUCUAAUUAAUUAAAAUUAUUGCUAGACUAAGCAAGUCCCAGACUCAGUUUCAUAAAACAUCAUAGCUGAUAUCAAGCUUGAACAAGAGUAUUAGAUUUCAGUGGUCAGUAAUUCGCUGUAUCUAAAGCAAAAUUUAGAUCAAAUAGAAAAAGUAUUGAAAAAUCAAGUUAUUAUAUUGGAUAAGAAAGUCAGAUCACUUUCUAAGUUAAACGGACUCAUUAAAAGUAUAUAAGAACUUGGUAUAUAAGAUUACUAAGUUUAUAAAGAAACAUAGACCAAGAAUGAUAUCUUUUACACAGAUAACGAUGAAGUCUAAGAUAGUAUAAAGCACUUUCAUUAUGAAAACAUUCAAUAGCUGUCUCUAUAUAAAAAUGAACUGCUAAUCGAAUCUAUCAGCUUUUAUAAGAGAUAUCUAGAGUCACUGCAUAAAUCAGUCGAUUUAAGGCAGGACUUUAUUAAUAAAUUUUCUGAAAAAUAGCAUGAAAUGACAAAGGAAAAAAAGAAAUAGCAGCAUCAAAGGAUUAAAGAUGUCACACGAGGGCACAUUGAUGAAUAUUAGCGACUGUGCUCUGAAAUUGAAACUAAAAUUAUACUUAAUCUAGGUAUAGUUGGUAAUCAUUACUCUAGCUUGUACUUUUGA